GGCUACACAUAUUGACGUACUUACCUUUAUAAUUUAACACCGAUCGAUAUUUAUAGAUUUGUAAACAGCUACCCGCUUAAUGAAGAUCUAUAAAUGGUAUUGUGAAAUACUCGAGUUUUGUACGAAGAUAGACCAUUGUGGGAUAUUCAGAGUGGUGCAGUUACAGAGUAAUGUCGAAGGCCGUUCAUCCUUUAUCACCCCCGGAGUAUUCAGGACCAGAACCCGGUUUUAAUGGCGGAGCAAACUCCGGGAUAUAUCCAGGGCUUGUGGAAAUAAUGACCCCCGAUCGUAUAGAAGACACAACACCUCCACCAGCAUACGAUACAAUUUUCGUCAGUGAACAGAGCUCCAGUCAAUCAAAACCUAACGUGCACCAUGAUGAUAGAAAUUUGUGGGAGAAAGUUCACGAAUGGUUUGAAUUCUCGAUCCUACAACAAAUAAUUUGGCUUGGUGCUCUCGUCUUUGCGACAACCUACAUUCGUUUCGGUUUGAAAUAUGCUGGUCAGUGUUUUCGGAAAAAGUACGAUGGAAACGGCAAAACCAUAGAAGAAGAAGACCUUCCUUCAUUCAUGAAAGCAGAGGGUGGAGUUUUGUGUGCAUUAGUUCUCUAUGUCUUCGUUUGGCGUUUAAUAUUCAUCUGUGACAGGAAGCGGACUCAUCGCAUCAACAAAGCAGAUUUGGAGGGAAGAAAAAAAUGUGGUGGCUACUUGUUUUUCUUCUGCUGCGGUCUAUGCUUUGCAACUUUUGUUUUAUGUAUUAUAGGAGCAACAAAAGUUUUCCAAUUUCAUGAUGUCACUAAAAACCACACAUUGAAGUGUAACGAUGAGUUCUACAACUUUUAUCACGAUACCAAGAUAGGACAGAUGGUCAUACUGAUACCGUAUGCUGUUUACGUCAUUGUCUCCAUGUUUAUUGUUAUUCCUAAAGCAAAAAAUUGGUUUAUGCGACAUAAAUGGCACCAGUGGGCCAGUCUUCUUGAUGCCGACCAAGAUGGAAUAAUCAGUUCUGAUGAUAUGAGAAAAACCAACGCAACGCUUGAACAUUUACGACUGGCCAUUGGUGAUAGGAGGACUGCAUUGAAUGCAGAUGCGCAGAAAAAAUGGUGGGAUGAUCAUAUUUUCAAAAGAGGAGCCAACAAACACAUCUCUGUUGACGACUAUGUCGCUUAUCUGGAGGGAAUUUAUAAUCCCAGAGAUAUGGGGAACAAAAUGCGCCCAGUUAUCACCGGCUUUUUUAAUUUCUUCUCGACUCCAGACUUCCGGAAGAAGAAUUGCAUUUUGGCGGAAGAAGAUUUUAUAAAGUUUUGGAUAAUUCUGAAGAAUGUCGAUAAAGUUCAUUGCAGGAAUAUAUAUAUUAGACAUUUUUUGAAUCCUACUACGAUGGAAAAUUUGCUUGGAGACUUUGUUGCCUUGGUUUCCUCUAAUGAUUUCUUUGAUGAAAACACCAUUAGAGUCCACACUGUAUUGAAACCCCCACGAUCAGCAUCAUGUGAUCCUAUCUGUCAUCCUUCAUGUUGUGGUGUCUGAACAAGAUGAAUACAACAACGAACUCUAUAUUGUUAUUAUCAGAUAUAUUACCAACGUUUGUAUGAUUUACGUACUACUAAUGUGUUGAUGUAAAACAGAUCUUAAAAAUCAAAUGACGGUAAUAACCAUGAUAACUUUAAUAACAAUCAUGUGUAAAACAUCAAAUGUUUAGUAUGCCCCAAGUACUUUAUAUUGCAUAAUAUUAAUUUUUUAAAUGAUCUUGAAUGUCUAUGUCAUGCAAACACUGCGUCUGAGUGUAUCAAAAAAGUUGUGAAGAUAUAAAUGUACACGCUAUAUAAAGGAUAUCAAAGACAUUUAUCUGAGUAAGAACAACUGCAGAUCUGUAUUUUAACGAGCGGUUUAUGCCUAUAUCAAUGUUGUCCUGUUGUAGAUUGUUUAAAUAUAAAUUGUGUAGAUACAUGUAGGUAUGAAUAGAAGCGAUACACUAGUAUAUCUGAAAUAUAUGAAUGGAGUAUGAUAGGUGUCAGAGAAUCGCUACUAGUCAUUUUUUUGAUUUACUGGA